AUAAACUAAUAUUAAAAAAGGUUAAUUAGUAGCAACGGUAAAAACGCACGGUUAAAAAAGUAAAUUAAUAUUGACAGUAAAACUGGUAGGCCUUGGGCCUAAGAAGGUUUUGGGUAAGUGCCUUCAUUAACAAAGAACUUGGGCUUUUGAAGUUGCAGAGUUGACGGUGUUGAUAGAGAAGUGGGCCAUGGAUUCUCGCUUUUCUACUUCCCUUUCUGCUCAUUGAUUACCUGCGACGGCAUCUCUUCGUCUUCUUCAUUUCAUUCCUACUUCCAAACUCUCCAUGACAAACACAAUGCAACGAUCGCCGCUGCCGACGCCGCCAACUUAUACUUCCAUUCCUAUAUCUGCCGGCGACGUCGUUUCCCGAUCGAUCCAGAACUUGAGUAUCGCCGUUUCUCGUCACCGCCCCUGGCCGGAGUUCGCGUCCUUAGGGGUCUUUGACCGCCCUGAUAAUCUCCCAUCCGCGGUUGCUAGAGUCCAGAAGAACGCCCGCUUCUUCCUCGUCAACUACUCUAUCCUCCUCGCCGCAUGCGAAGCACUUUCUCUCAUUGGUUCCCCCGGCUCCCUUCUCAUCGUAUCCGCCGUCGUCGUGCUCUGGCUUCUUCUCUACUUCUUCCGGGAAGACCCUCUCAUCCUCUUCGGCCGUCACCUCAACGACUACCUGGUUUUGCUUGCUUUGUUCCUUUCCUCCCUUUUGGCUCUCUGGUUCACUGCUUGUUUCUGGACCUUGGCGCUGGGACUCGCCAUCGGUCUUCUCGUUUGUGCGGUUCACGCCGUCUUUAGAAACUCCGAUGGGCUGUUUCUUGAUGAGGAAGAGGCUGCCUCCAGAGGCUUGGUCGCUGACCGUGGGUGACUCUACUUCUUCUUUAUAUUCUACUUCUUAAAAGUAACACGAUACAGAUUCAUGUGGACGAGGAGGAAAUUGUUCGUCCUUCAUUGACUUCUUCGGUGAUUCAAGUUGGGUUUCUGCCGUCUUCUGCCAUGGAUUUCUAAAGUUUUCUGCUUGCUUUCAGUAGCCUGAAGAAUAUGAGAUGUAUUGUACACCAUCUGCCAUUGAUAUUUGUUGUUUAUGUCCUCCUGAAGCUUAAACCAAGUUCCGCUUUUUUCCUUCUUGGCGAUACACAGAGAUAGAGAGAGAGAGAGAGAGAGAGAGAGAGAGAGAGAGAGAGAGAGAGAGAGAGAGAGAGAGAGAGAGAACGAGUGGCUCCUGUACUGAGUUUUCCUUAGCGAUAACAGGCAAAUUUAAGUCGUGUUUGUUUGUUGUCAUUGUUUUUGUUUGGUGUUAGCUUUGUUCUUAUUCUGUAUCAAGCUUGUGGGUAAAGCUUGCUUGUUUGUCCUUUUCACCAUGACUGAUCAAUUGAAGAUUGAUUACAAGUUAA